ACCUAUCAAAAUGAAUGACAAAUGAAUGAAUGACUGGUUCUAAGUGAAUGGAUGGAUUGAUAUAUAAGUUCAAGUUAGUUUGAUGCAGUCAUCUUAGAGAUUAUUUCUUUAUUCAGUGGGUUGUGAAUGGAUUCUUGAUACCAAUGUUAUAGACAUUAAACAAAUUUUAUAAAAGAAGAAUAUGCUCUAGAGCUCUACUGAUCCUGUAGAUAUUCUUCAAUUCCCUGGAAAAAAAAUGAGGAAAAACCCUGAUCAGAUACUUCACUUUUCUGUGGUACAGAAGAAUUUUUUAUCUUUACAAUAACCGUGGGUGAAAACACUUCACUGUUAAGUUCCUACUCAGAAAACACUAAGAUGUCUCUGGAAACAUCUUUGCAGUGAACCAAUUUGCUGCGGAAGAACUGACAUCAGAAGUUUCAGUUCUGCAUUGGGUUAGAUUUAAACCCGACUCCGGGAGGUCAACUUCAGUCACAACAGAACAAGAAGAAGAACCUGGCAACCUCAUCAUUUCAUUAACAGAAUCAUGAAGACUUUCUGUUUGACUCUCGGGCUGCUGAUGCUCAUGCUCUGCUGCUGCAACGCCAUUCCUUCUGCAAUGCAGUUCAGCACAGCUCCUGGAAACUGCUGCUUCAAGUUCAGCUCUAAAAAGAUACCGUUACAACGUGUGAAACACAUAACCAAGACCCACAGGUCCUGCCUGAAGAAAGGAUUCAUAUUUACCACUGUACUGCAGAAUCAGAUCUGCUACAGUUCAAACUGGGCUCUGAAAACCUACAAUGACAAGAUUGAAGGCAGCGGCUCGCAGUAAAGAUCAAAAUUUCAUUGCUUUGUACAUUAUGGCUUCAUAUACAGAAAAUGCUUGUUUUUUCACAUGUAAAUCUUUUUUUUUUUUGUAUUUUAAUAAAAACUUUUUGCCAUAAA